AUGGGCUAUACAACGCUCUGGAGGCGGCUCUCGUCGCGGCAGCUGAAUAUCACCAUCCAGGUGUUCUCGCUCAUCUCCAUCUUCUUCGAAGGGUAUGACCAGGGUGUCAUGGGCGGCGUCAAUGCCUCGCCCAAGUACGUGACCCUAGUCGGCAUUGGGAAGCCGGAUGGCACCGUGACAGACACUACACACCAGGGCGGAAUUGUCAGUGUCUACUACCUGGGUGCCAUCUUCGGCUGCUUUGCUGGAGGGUGGUUGGCUGACCGAGUUGGUCGAAUCAAUGGCCUGCUGAUGGGCGCGUUGUUUGCAUUGGUGGGCGGCGCAUUACAGGCUGCCGCUCAGAAUUCGAACUUUAUGAUCUGUGCUCGAGUGGUGACGGGUAUUGGUACCGGAGCCUUAACCGGCAUCACUCCUGUCUUGGUGUCAGAAACGUCGUCCGCAGAUCACCGCGGCGGGUUUCUGGGAUACGUCUUCAUUGCCAACUAUCUCGGAAUAUCAGUCGCAUACUGGAUAUCCUUCGGUCUCGCCUUCAUCAAUAACGGAUAUUCAGACGUGCGAUGGCGGUUCUUACUUGCCUUCCAAUGCUUCCCAGCCCUGAUUCUUGUCUGCUGCAUCAAGAUGCUGCCGGAUAGUCCCCGGUAUCUCGCUUCAGUUGGUAGGAACGAAGAGGCGCGUGAGCUGUUGGAGCACAUUCGCAAGCACAAGGCCAGCCCAGAGGAGAUUGAUCGGGAAUACUUGGAGAUUGUCGCUAUGGGAGAGGGAAGCCAGCGCAGCUCUCCUAUCCAAUUUGUAAAGAUCUUGCUCGGGAAGGGUGGAAGGCAGCAUCCGAAUUUGGGCAGGCGAGCUUGGCUGUGUGUCUGGCUUCAGAUCAUGGCCUCCUGGACAGGUAUUACGGCUGUCACUGCAUAUUCUCCAGUUCUCUUGCGCCAGGCCGGAUACAGCACCAUCACGCAAAACGGUCUGGCUGGGGGAAUCAACACGGUUGGCAUCAUCGGUACCAUAAUAAGUGCUCAGAUCGUCGAUCGCCUAGGUCGCCGUAUCUGUCUCAUGGGUGGUUCCGCAGUGCUAUUUGCUGUCAAUAUAAUUGCUGGAGCUGUCUACGAGGGCUCAUUGCAUACUCCCAGCAAGGCUGCUCAGUUUGCUCCCGCGGCUGUUACCAUGCUGUUUUUGUUCAAUAUUGGUUAUGCCGCGACCUGGGGUACUGUCGCGUUCUUGGUGCCCACGGAGAUAUUUCCCAGUGACUUGCGAGCCCAGGGUAAUGGCUUCGGCAUCACUGGUUGGGCUAUUGGCGUGGGCAUGACGACUUUGGUCAAUCCGAUUAUGUUCCAGGCCAUGACGAGCCGCACCUACUUCCUCUUCGCCGGCCUUAAUUUGAUUUGGAUCCCCAUCAUUUACCUCUUCUACCCCGAAACCCGUAACCGCUCCCUGGAAUCGAUUGAAGCACUAUUUUCUACUCCGAGUCCCUUCUACUGGAAGAUGGAGCAGGCGUAUAAGCUGCAUGGCGAUGUCUUGGUGGAAUACAGAGCCCGUAAGAGUCACGGCCUUGAUGCUGACCAGAAUGAGUUGUCAUCAUAUGAGAAACCAGAGGAGCAGACGAUUGCUUGA